CUUGUCGUUUUGGCCUUAAGAAAUUCAAAAAAUAUAGGGGCCAAACGAUGCCGUUUGGAAGCAUCGUUUGGCCCCUUUGCUGUUUCAAUAUAUAAUUGAAACAGCAACUGACACGGGACAAACAUUUUUUGUCCCGUUUCAGCAUACUUUAAUCAUUAAUGGAGAAUAAUUCUCAUUAACUCCACUUUAUACAUCACCCACUUUCAUUUAAUCCUUUUCUCCACCAAACCCUUAAUUAGUAAACCAUCAAAUUUCCAAACCCCAUCAAUUUUUCAAUUCAAUUCUAUACCCUAAUUUCCUAAAUUAUAUAGUUUUCCCCUAAAAUUAACCAAUCUCCAAUUUUAGGUAAGUCUUUUUCUUUUGCAAUUUUAUUUGUACAAAUAAUUUAAUUUAUAUAUUUUUAAUAUUGUGGAAUAAUUUUAUUAACCUAAUUUUUGUAGGUUUUAACUUGAUUUAUUCGUUGGAAAAUCAAAGAAGUGAUUAAACUACAACAAGUUAUGGACAAAUUUGUUAUUAGAACGUCAAAAAAUAUCAACUCUUGUGAUAGAGAAGAUAAUUUGGGUACUAUUUCGGGAGAAAAGAGAGCACGUGUUGAGUUUGAUUCUACAAGUUUAAUUGCGGAUCCUGCAAAUCAGAUUUCGAUUGAUGAUUACGAAAUCAAUAUUAGAGAUGAAGUGAGACGUGCAUAUGUGCUUAAAGGUCCCUGUCAACCAAAAAGUCAUAUGUUUCCUCAGAAAAAAUUUGGAAAACAAAAUAGAAGUUUUCAAAAGACUUGGUUUAUUGACUAUUUGUGGUUGGAGUAUAGUGUAUCAAAAGAUGCGGGAUUUUGUUUUUGGUGUUAUUUGUUUAAACCACCAAAGCCUAAGUCUCAAGGUGGUCGAGAAGUGUUCACAAAAACGGGAUUCAUUAAUUGGAAGAAUGCGAAAGUUAGCUUGGGAGAACAUAUUGGAAAUGUUGAUAGUGACCACAAUUAUGCAGCGAGAAAAUAUCAAGCAUACAAAAAUCAACGACAAAGUGUGGAGCACAUAUUUGCUAAACACUCUUCUGACAUGGAGGUUGCUUAUCGUACUCGAUUGACGGCGGUUUUAGAUGCAAUCAGGUUCUUACUCAAGCAAGGAUUAGCUUUUCGUGGGCAUGAUGAGUCGAGUGAUUCAUUGAGUAGAGGAAAUUUCAUUGAGUUGCUUCAAAGGGAUUGUGACCAUAAUGAAGAGAUUGCAAAGGUGCUAAAUAUUAAUGCUCCAGGAAACAAUCAAAUGACUUAUGGAAAAAUUCAAAAAGAAUUGGUGAAUGCUUGUGCUGAAGAAGUGAGAACUAUCAUUAUUAAUGACAUUGGAGAUCGCGUUUUCUCACUCAUGGUUGACGAAUCUCGUGAUAACUCAGUGAAAGAACAAAUGGCAAUUAUGGUGAGAUACGUUGAUGGUCAUGGAGAGAUUCUCGAGAGGUUUCUUUCAGUUGAGCAUGUAGCAGAUACUUCAUCACACACUUUAAAGCAAACUAUUGAUAAUUUUUUUGCAAAGUACGGACUUUCAAUAUCUAGACUGCGAGGGCAAGCAUAUGAUGGGGCUUCAAACAUGCGUGGAGAAUUCAACGGUUUAAAAUCGCUCAUACUUAAUGAGAAUCCUUAUGCUAGGUAUGUUCAUUGUUUUGCUCACCAGCUUCAAUUGGCGGUUGUUGCUGUUGCAAAAACAUUACCAAUUAUUGAGAAUUCAUUUAGUUAUUUAUCCCUGCUUGUGAACACUGUUGGAGCUUCAUGUAAAAGAAAAGAUGCACUCAGACAAAGCCAACAUGAUCUUAUGGUCACACGAUUGGAAAAUGGUGAAAUCUCUUCAGGAAGAGGGUUGCAUCAAGAGACAAGUCUUGUAAGACCUGGAGACACAAGAUGGGGUUCUCAUUAUCAAACGAUACUUCGUAUAUUAUUAAUGUGGUCUUCAGUAAUGGAAGUGCUUGGGAAUGUUCAUGAUGAUGCGACUGGUUCAAAGGAAAAAGGUGCAGCUUUGGGUUUACUUGACAGAAUGGAAAAUUUUGAAUUCGUAUUCACCUUGCAUUUGAUGAAAAAAGUAUUGGCAAUUACAAAUGGAUUAUCACAAGUUUUACAAGAGAAAAAUCAAAAUAUUGUCAAUGCUUUGGACAUGGUACGUGCUGUAAAGGUCAAGUUCCAAUCAUUUAGGGAGGAUGGAUGGAAUGAUCUUUUUGAUGAGAUUCGCAAGUUUUGUGUCAAGAAUUCUAUUGAUGUACCGAAUUUGGAAGAUAGUUUAUCGAAUCGUUGGCGGUCAAAACGUGAAGGUCAAACUAUAACAUAUUCUCAUCGUUUCCGUGUGGAAAUAUUUUCUGAGGUUAUUGAUGUGAUUGUGCAAGAGAUGAAUGACCGUUUCUCUGAAGGAAAUCUCGAGUUGCUUUCUUGCUUAACCUGUCUUGAUCCAAGACAAUCGUUUUCUAGAUUUGAUGCCUUGAAAUUGCAUCGUCUUGCCGAGCUUUAUCCAGAUGAUUUUUCUACAUUUGAUUUGAUUUUGUUGAGUGAUCAAUUGGAGAUAUACAUACAUGAUGUGAGGCAAAAUGCUGAUUUUGUUGAACUUGUGGGACUCGGGGAACUUGCAAAGAAGCUGAUUGAAACAGAGAAGUACACUGUUUACCCUCUUAUUUAUCGAUUGAUUGAAUUGGCAUUGGUUUUGCCAGUUUCAACUGCUUCAGUUGAAAGAGCAUUUUCAGCAAUGAAUAUCAUCAAGACCGAUUUGCGUAACAAAAUGGGGGAUGAAUUUCUAAGCGACAGCUUAUCAUGUUUUAUUGAGAAACAAAUUUUUGUGAAGAUUGACGACGAGCCCAUUUUGCAACGCUUUCAGAGUAUGCAGACGCGAAGAAUACAAUUGCCUCCCCGCGGUCGAGACUAAUCCCGGGCUGAAAACAAUUUCUGGUUCCGCCACUGA